AUAUAUAUGUAUUCAGUUAUAAUGUGCAUUAUUUGAACUAGAUGAAGUUGCAUCAUUAUCACGACGCCGUAUGCGCAGCUGUCAUUCGUUAUAAAUUGAAUUUGUAAUGCAAAUUUUAAGAUAUUUACAAAUUUUUUUCAUAUUGCACAAAAAAUUUCAGAGAAAGUGUUCAAAAUCAAUGUAUGGUAAAUACGAUAAUUCGGUUGUUCAAGAAAUUUGGUAAUGGAGUGUCCCGUGUCAUUCAAGUAUAAAGGGAAAACUGUAGAGCGACUUCCAGUCGUGCGUAUGGAUAACAGAACUGGCCACACGCGCUACCUCCAUAUUGCGUAAGGCCAUAAUUGGCCCUUCAAAAAUGUUAAGCUACGGUAGAGUUAUAAGACGAUUGCCAAAACUUACAAGGCAUUCACGUGCUAAUCAUUUCUGUCGACCUUUAAAAUAUAUUGGAAUUGUCAGUGUUCAUAAUUUAUUCUAUAGUAAUUAUACAAAUGACAAAACAUAUAAACCUUCAGGAACUACUAUAAAACCUGAAGAAUGUGUGCCUGAAAGUAGAUAUUCCAAAGAAAAAAGAAAUGUUCCUUUAUGUGAAUCUCAUCCUAAUGCAUCUUGUCCACCAUCUUGUUAUGAAGUUUGUGGAAAAUCAGAUGAUUCUCAAAAACCAAAUGACAAAAAACCAUCACCACCAUAUUGGAAGAUAUUGGCAACUUUAAUUAUAGCAGGAGUUGCAAUAUAUACGAUAUCUUCAAAUUGGUUUACUAAAAAAAAAUCUGAUUCUCAAAAGGAUGUAAGUAAGAGAAGAAAAGAAAGAAGAAGUAGGAGAUUACUUGAAAAAAUUAAAUCACCCCCUACUUCUAAAUCAUUUCCUUCAGAAAUACCUUAUCUUUUAAUAGGAGGAGGAACAGCCACAUUUUCUGCAUUUAGAUCUAUUAAAUCUAAAGAUCCUAGAGCUAAGGUUUUAGUAAUAUCAAAUGAAGAUUUACCAUACAUGAGACCACCAUUAUCUAAAGAACUUUGGCGUAAUAAAGAUAGAAAAAUGUCUGCACAAUUACUUUUCAAGGCAUGGAAUGGUACUCAAAGAAGUAUAUUUUAUGAACCACCAGAAUUUUAUUCAGAUGUCAGUAAAUUGAGUCAGUCUGAUAAAGGUGGUGUGGCUGUUGCCAAGGGUUGGAAAGUUAUAAAAAUUGAUGUUCCAAAUAAAACUGUGAUGCUUGAUGAUGGUCAUGAAAUAAAAUAUGACAAGUGUCUUAUUGCAACUGGUCUAUCACCUAAAAAUCUUCCACUUUUUGAAUCAAUGCAAGAUGAAAUUAAAGAUAAAAUUAUUACCUUCAGAAGAAAAGAAGAUUUUCUUGAUUUAGAAGAAGCUGUAUAUGAUCCAAAAUGUAAAAAUAUUGUAAUAAUUGGUGGAGGAUUUCUUGGAUCAGAACUUUCUUCCUCAUUAGCUCGAAUCUUACCAGAAAAUAAAAAUGUAUAUCAAAUAUUUAAAGAAUCAUUUAGAAUGGAGCAAGUAUUACCUCAAUAUCUCAGUGAAUGGGCAACAAAAAAGGCAAUAUCAGAAGGUGUUAAAUGUAUUCCUAAUUCUGUAGUAGAAGAUUAUUCUUAUAAAAAUGGAAAAUUGUCUCUCAUUCUUUCGGAUAAUCACAUUAUUGAUGCUGAUCAAGUGGUACUAGCAGUAGGUGUUGAACCAAAUGUUGAUUUCGCAAAAGCUUCACAUUUAGAAACAGAUCCUGAAAUAGGUGGUUUUCUUGUUAACGCGGAAUUAGAAGCAAGAAGUAAUCUUUGGGUUGCUGGAGAUGUAGCUUGUUUUUAUGAUAUUAGACUUGGUAGAAGAAGAGUACAACAUCAUGAUCAUGCUGUAGUUUCAGGAAGAUUAGCUGGAGAAAAUAUGACUGGUGCAAGAAAACCAUAUUUACAUCAAUCAAUAUUUUGGUCCGAGUUAGGACCAGAGGCUGCAUAUGAAGCAAUUGGUAUUGUGGAUUCAUCACUGCCAACUGUAGGAGUUUUUGUAAAAACAGACUCGGAUACUACAAAAGCAUCUGCUAAUGAUACAUAUGAAGCUAUAUGUUCAAAUAAAAAGAAAUUAAGUUCAACCGAAAAACAAAAUCCAAUAGAAUCAAACUUAAAAGAAAAUGAUAAAUCUAUAACUCUUGAUGAUAAUUCAAAACCCAAAAAAUAUGAUGAUUUUGCAAAAGGAGUUAUUUUUUAUCUACGUGAUGAUAUUGUGGUUGGCAUAUUGCUUUGGAAUAUUUUUAAUCGGAUGUCUAUUGCUAGGCAGGUGCUCACUAGAGGCACAAAAUAUGAUGAUUUAAAUGAAGUAGCAAAACUAUUUUCUAUUCAUGAUGACUAAUAACAUAAAAACUACAUGACUAUAUUGUGUCAUUGUAUUACUGUACAUAAUGUUAUUUAUCUAUCAGUUCUGAAAUAUUUUAUAAAUAAAAAAAAAGUCUAUUAUUGAUAUCUUAUUCUUGAGUUUAAGAGGUACGACUUGUAUAAAUAUUACAUAUAAGAUAUUUUCAAGUAAAAUCUAUAAAUAAAAAUAUUCUUCCUUUAUAGACAAUGAAAUAUGUUUAUUAAACUAUUAUUAGAUGUGAAUUUUAUUAGAAAAUAAAUGAUGAUAAA